CAUCCAUCACAACUCGCCCACCAACUCAACUCGACUCGUGGAUGGGGAACGUGCUCUCCCUCUCGUUCACCACAGUCCCCUGAAAAAGGAAGAACAAGAAGAAGCAGAAAAAGGCACAAACACAAAARAAGGUGAAAGAUUCCUCUGUUUGUUAUCAUUUCCUUGGAAUCAGAACUUUCUGUUCAGUCCCCUGUCCAGAUCGUUGGAUCUCAAUUGCGUCGCCUUGUUCCGGCGCCGAUGCGAUGAGGCAGACGCUCGACAGGCACCAGAGCUCGUCCUUGAGUUCCUCCGAAGUUGAAGUCAGCAUGGAGCAGGAUACGAGGAGGGAGAAUGGUAGUGAUAGUAAUGGAAUGGCGAGCAGAGAAGUUAGAAUUGAAGAUAGCCUUGGUCCCGAAAAGAAUGGCGGCAAUGACUCUCCAGGUAUCUCCAGCAGGACUCUUUUUAAAGUCAACACCAUGCCAAUACAGACAUCAAGUGUUGACCAGUUGGAAUCUGAUUCAAGUCAGCAUAAAUUAGAAAGAUCAAAGACUGAGAUGCACAAACAUAAGUUUCUUGCUGAAGAGGCAGCUAAAAUUUUUGAUGACAAGAUUCCUGUUCAUAGGAAGCUUAAAUUGUUAAACAGAAUAGCCACGGUGAAAGACAAUGGAACUGUGGAAUUUGAAGUCCAUGAAGACAUUGAACCUCAUACUCUUGAUGUUGGACCAAAGGAAGCCUAUCAUGAAACAAAUGAAGAAGAACCUCUCGAAGCAACAGACCUCCAGGAUAUACCACCUCUGCAAAUAGUAAUGCUUAUAGUUGGAACACGUGGAGAUGUACAGCCAUUUAUUGCAAUUGGAAAACGUUUACAGGAUUAUGGUCAUCGUGUUAGACUUGCUACUCAUUCAAAUUUCAAGGAGUUUGUUUUAACUGCUGGGCUGGAGUUUUAUCCACUUGGUGGAGAUCCGAAGAUUCUUGCGAGCUACAUGGUGAAAAACAAGGGUUUCUUGCCCUCGGGGCCUUCUGAGAUACCCAUUCAAAGGAAUCAAAUGAAAGAAAUCAUUUAUUCGUUACUUCCAGCUUGCAAAGAACCUGAUAUUGAUUCUGGCAUUGCCUUUGAAGCUGAUGCUAUCAUUGCCAACCCACCAGCUUAUGGACAUACCCAUGUGGCAGAGGCACUUAACAUUCCAAUUCACAUUUUUUUUACAAUGCCAUGGACGCCAACAAGUGAAUUUCCUCAUCCUUUAUCCCGUGUCAAGCAACAGGCUGGCUAUCGGCUCUCAUAUCAAAUUGUAGACUCCUUAAUUUGGCUUGGGAUACGGGACAUGAUUAAUGAUCUUAGGAAGAAAAGGUUGAGGCUACGACCUGUCACUUAUUUAAGUGGCUCUCAUGCCUCUGAAUCAAAUGUGCCACAUGGAUAUAUAUGGAGCCCGCAUCUUGUUCCUAAACCAAAAGAUUGGGGGUCUAAGGUGGACGUGGUCGGAUUUUGCUUCCUUGAUCUUGCAUCAAAUUAUGAACCUCCUGAGACGCUUGUAAAUUGGCUUCAGGCUGGUGACAAGCCUAUUUAUAUUGGUUUUGGUAGCCUUCCUGUUCAAGAACCUGAAAAGAUAACCCAAAUAAUUGUAGAAGCGCUGGAAAUUACUGGGCAGAGAGGCAUCAUCAACAAAGGCUGGGGCGGUCUUGGAAAUUUGGCAGAACCGAAGGACUUUGUGUAUUUAUUGGACAAUUGCCCUCAUGAUUGGCUAUUCUUACAGUGCAAGGCUGUGGUGCAUCAUGGUGGUGCUGGAACAACAGCUGCCGGACUAAAAGCUGCUUGCCCUACAACGAUCAUCCCUAUUUUUGGAGAUCAACCAUUUUGGGGUGAGCGGGUACAUGCUAGAGGAGUUGGUCCUGCACCUAUCCCAAUUGAUGAGUUAUCACUUGACAAAUUGGUUGGUGCUAUGAAGUUCAUGCUAGAUCCAAAGGUAAAAGAGUCUGCGCUCGAGCUUGCCAAGGCCAUGGAGAAGGAAGAUGGAGUAGAAGGAGCUGUGAAGGCCUUCUUUAAGCAUUAUUGUCCAAGAAAGACCGAACCAGAGUCAGAGUCAGAUGAGCCAACCGUUUUCUCUAUACGUAGAUGUUUUGGUUGUUCUUGAUUCUAUGCCGUGGGAAUUAUCCUCGACGCGACUCUCUAUUACGACUUUCUGGUAAUAGAAGAUGGCAUGUCCCUGCUGCGAAACAUGGGCAAAUGUCCUGAGCAGUGAUAUGUUAGAGGUAAAUGCUUAUACUGUUGAUAAUCUCAAUGAUUGAUGCAUAUUUUUAUUUGUUGUUAUCAGUAUUCUUUUUAAUUCAUCUCUUCCUGACCUUUAAAUGUAUAUUUUUUUGAGCCCUUUGUUGGUUUUAUUGUAAAGUAGAUAUAUGCAGGUUUAUUAGGUGAUGAUGGUGUUUUCAUCUUUUAUGUUUCCUAAACAAUGGAGUUGAUUGAUGCGGGAAUGGAUAACAUUUGUGUUA